UUUUUUUGGCAGGGAAAUUAGAGACCUUAGGAUCCAGACUCAGGAUCUCUGGGCUGCGCGGGACUAUUCAGAACCCACAAGAUUUCUGAGGAGACCAGAACUCAUCUGUGAGCCUUCCGCUCUUUUCUGUGCUGCUGUUGAAACUUGCCUUUACAGCUACCAGACUUGAAGAUGUUGCGAGUGCAGAGGCCAAGACUGGCCAGGCUGAGAGCCGGCCUCUCCAGAGGUCUCCACCACAAGCCAGUGAUGGCGCUCCGGAGAGAGGAUGUGAAUGCCUGGGAGCGCAGGGCACCUCUGGCUCCCAAGCACAUCAAGGGCAUCACCAAACUGGGAUACAAGGUCUUGAUACAGCCUUCCAAUCGACGGGCCAUUCACGACAAGGAGUAUGCCAGGGCUGGCGGCAUUCUUCAGGAGGACAUCACAGAAGCUUGUCUAAUUUUGGGAGUAAAAAGGCCUCCAGAGGAAAAACUGAUGUCCAAGAAGACUUAUGCCUUCUUUUCCCACACAAUAAAGGCCCAGGAAGCCAAUAUGAGUUUGUUGGAUGAGAUUCUGAAACAGGAAAUCCGACUCAUUGAUUAUGAGAAAAUGGUGGAUCACCGAGGGUCUCGGAUAGUGGCAUUUGGACAAUGGGCAGGUGUGGCAGGAAUGAUCAAUAUUUUACAUGGAAUGGGUUUAAGGCUCCUUGCUUUGGGACAUCAUACACCUUUUAUGCAUCUUGGCAUGGCUCACAACUACAGGAACAGCAGCCAGGCUGUGCAGGCUGUCCGCGACGCAGGCUAUGAAAUAUCCCUGGGUUUGAUGCCAAAGUCAAUAGGACCCUUAACAUUUGUGUUCACGGGGACUGGCAACGUAUCAAAGGGAGCCCAAGAAGUCUUUAAUGAGUUACCUUGUGAGUAUGUGGAGCCCCAUGAAUUAAAAGAAGUUUCAAAAACUGGAGACCACAGGAAAGUGUAUGGGACGGUGUUAAGUCGCCAUCAUCAUCUUGUCAGGAAAACAGAUGGUGUGUAUGAUCCUGUAGAAUAUGAGAAAUAUCCCGAGCGCUACAAAAGUCGCUUUAAUACAGAUAUUGCACCCUAUACAACUUGUUUAAUUAAUGGAAUCUACUGGGAGCAAAACACCCCUCGCCUGCUAACUCGCCAGGAUGCUCAGAGUCUCCUGGCCCCAGUGAAGUCUUCAGGCGUUCCUAUUGAAGGAUGCCCUGAAUUACCACACAAACUUGUGGCAAUAUGUGACAUUUCAGCAGACACAGGAGGGUCUAUAGACUUUAUGACCGAGUGCACUACAAUAGAGAGACCCUUUUGCAUGUAUGAUGCAGAUCAGCAUAUUAUUCACGACAGUGUUGAAGGCUCCGGAAUUCUGAUGUGUUCCAUUGACAAUUUGCCAGCACAGCUUCCAAUUGAGGCUACAGAAUACUUUGGAGACAUGCUUUACCCUUAUGUUGAAGAAAUGUUGUUAUCAGAUGCGUCCCAGCCCCUUGAAAGCCAGAACUUUUCUCCAGUGGUUCGCGAUGCAGUGAUUACAUCUAAUGGUUCAUUGACUGACAAAUACAAAUAUAUCCAGAAACUCCGAGAAAGCAGAGAACGUGUUCAGUCCCUUUCAAUGAGUCUCAAGAAGAAGGUGUUGGUGCUUGGGUCUGGCUAUGUAUCUGGGCCUGUUUUAGAAUAUCUGUCAAGAGACAACAAUAUAGAAAUAACAGUAGGCUCUGACAUGGUGAACCAAAUGCAACAGUUAAGCAAGAAAUACAAUAUUAACUCUGUUAGUGUUAACGUUGGUAAACAAGAAGAGAAGCUGCAAUCCUUAGUAGCGUCGCAGGAUCUUGUUAUCAGCUUGUUGCCUUAUGUGUUGCAUCCUGUUGUGGCCAAGGCAUGCAUCUCAAACAGAGUCAACAUGAUCACUGCGAGCUACAUCACACCAGCCAUGAAAGAACUGGAGAAGAGUGUGGAUGACGCUGGCAUCACAGUCAUUGGUGAAUUGGGAUUAGAUCCUGGUCUUGAUCACAUGUUGGCAAUGGAAACAAUUGAUAAGGCCAAAGAGCUGGGAGCCACGAUUGAGUCUUAUGUUUCCUACUGUGGUGGCCUUCCAGCCCCUGAAUAUUCAGACAAUCCCUUGCGAUAUAAAUUCAGCUGGAGUCCAGUGGGAGUCUUGAUGAACAUAAUGCAGCCUGCUAGCUAUCUGCUCAAUGGAAAGGUUGUGAAUGUGACAGGGGGAGUCUCUUUUCUCGACUCUGUCACAUCCAUGGAUUACUUCCCAGGCCUGAACUUGGAAGGGUAUCCUAACAGAGAUAGUACACGAUAUGCUGAAAUUUAUGGGAUUCCAUCUGCCCACACGUUGUUGAGGGGUACACUGAGAUAUAAGGGAUAUUCUAAAGCCUUGAAUGGAUUUGUAAAGUUGGGUCUCAUCAACAGAGAAGCAUAUCCUGCCCUCCUACCUGAGUCCAACCCUCUCACCUGGAAACAGCUCCUAUGUGACCUAGUUGGAAUUUCCCGCUCCUCUUCAUGUGAGAAGCUUAAGGAAGUUGUCUUUACAAAGCUGGGAGGGGACAGUACCCAGCUUGAGGCUGCUGAAUGGUUGGGCUUACUGGGGGAUGAGCAGGUCCCUCAGGCAGAGUCUAUUGUGGAUGCAUUCUCCAAGCACUUGGUCUCAAAACUCUCCUAUGGCCCUGAAGAAAAAGAUAUGAUUGUGAUGAGAGACAGCUUUGGCAUCAGGCAUCCCUCUGGACAUUUAGAAAAUAAGAUCAUUGAUCUUGUGGUUUAUGGAGACUUCAAUGGCUUUUCAGCAAUGGCUAAAACUGUGGGGUUACCGACAGCCAUGGCAGCUAAAAUGUUGCUGGAUGGUGAAAUUGAAGCCAAAGGCCUAAUGGGGCCAUUUACAAAGGAGAUCUACGGGCCAAUAUUGGAGCGGAUUAAAGCAGAAGGCAUUGUAUUUAAUACACAGAGCACAAUCAAGCCAUAAAUGGGAAUUCAUUUUUUAGGCAUCAAAGCUGUCAAUUUGUGUAUGACAAACAUGCUUAUCAAUGUGCUAAAGCAUGAAGUUUUAUGUUUUGAGCAUGACUCAUUUAAAACAUGAAGCAUAUGUUUUGAGUACGUUAA